AUGCUUCUACCACAUCUACUCGCCCUCCCGCCCGCCAUCAUCGCCCUCUGCGCAACACCCGUACUCGCCGAAUCACCACCGCAAUGGCCGCACAACGUACCCAGACACCUGAAAUACUUUCCUGAAGACGAGGAACAUGUGAAGAGAGGGUUGAGCGUCAAGCAGAGGAUGCAAUAUGAGAAGCCCGUUGGAGUCAAGAAGAUGAGCACGGAUGAGGGCGAGAUGUUUAUGUUGGAUAAUUGGAUCUUCGCUGCGGAUACCCCGUCGCUGCAAUCGUCCAAGAGAUCAGACUACGAUGUCUUCGGCAACACGACGUCGCAGGCUCUUUCGCCGCUACGGCCGCUGGCCCAGUCCGAUUGGCUGGCGCGCAUGCAUAUCAGAGAUAUUCUUCUGAAUCGCCAGUUCAAGUGUCCAGAUGGAACAACGAGUUGCGAGAGCAUUGGCGCGCCGGAUCACCUGUGUUAG